AUGCAGAGAGAACACCAUUCUUCAUGCAAAAGCAAGGUCAGUAGGCUGGCCAUGCCUUUCUUUGGUAUUGUGCUACUACUCGCCAUGGCCUAUCCUGCCACCUCAUGCAAUGAGCAGGAGAAGAGCUCCCUACUCCAGUUCCUUGCUGGACUAUCAUAUGAAGAUGGUAUUGCCAUGUCCUGGCAGGAUGGCACGGACUGCUGCAAGUGGGAAGGGAUCACCUGCAAUGAAACUGGAACAGUUAUUGAGGUCUCUCUGGCAUCUAGAAGCCUAGAAGGCAGCAUCUCACCAUCCCUUAGCGAGCUCACCGGCUUGUUGCGGCUCAAUCUGUCAUACAACUCACUGUCUGGUAGCCUGCCAUCAGGACUACUGUCGUCUGGCAACAUCACCGUUCUUGAUGUGAGUUUCAACCGUCUCAGUGGCAACCUGCAAGAGCCUCUUCUGUCAAUCACAGAGCAUCCAUUGCAAGCACUCAACAUCUCAAGCAACAUGUUUACAGGAGAAUUUCCAUCUACAAUUUGGGGGAAAACAAGAAAUCUUAUUGCCAUCAAUGCAAGCAACAAUAGUUUUCAAGGAUGUAUACCAUCUUCUUUCUGCAUCAGCUCAUCAUCCUUUUCAGUGCUUGACCUUUCCUUCAACCAAUUCAGUGGCAGCAUUCCAGCUGGUUUAGGUAAAUGUUCUGAACUUAGAAUAGUCAAGGCUGGCCACAACUGCCUUAGUGGAUCCCUCCCAGAUGAACUCUUCAAUGCUACAUCAUUACAGUAUCUCUCUUUUCCUGAUAAUAGUUUGCAUGGAUUACUUGAUGGUGCACACAUAAUGAAGCUUAGAAAUCUGGCUAACCUUGAUCUUGGAGGUAAUAUGCUAAAUGGCAAGAUUCCAGAGUCUAUAGGCCAGCUCAAGAGACUGUUGGAGCUCCAUUUGAACAACAAUAACAUGUCUGGGGCGCUGCCAUCAGCUCUAAGCAAUUGCACAAAUAUCAUAAUGAUUGACCUCAAGAGCAACAACUUUAGUGGAGAGCUUCAGAUAAUCAACUUCUUCAACCUGCCCAAUCUACAAGCAUUAGAUCUUCUGUACAACAACUUCACUGGCACAAUUCCAGAAAGCAUAUACUCAUGCAGCAACCUAAUUGCAUUGCGGCUAUCCAGCAACAACUUACAUGGGCAGCUUUCACCGAGAAUAAGCAAUUUGAAAUCUCUUGUUUUCCUGUCACUUGGUGCCAACAAUUUUACAAAUAUUACUAAUACGCUUCGUAUCCUGAAGUACUGUAGGAAUCUCACCACCCUACUUAUUGGGACCAGCUUCAAGGGUGAGGCCAUGCCACAAGAUGAAAUAAUUGAUGGUUUUCAGAAUCUCCGGGUUCUUUCCAUAACUGAUUGCUCAUUGUCAGGGAAUAUACCUCUCUGGCUAUCAAAGCUCAAGAAUCUGGAGAUGUUAUUUUUGAACAGGAAUCAGCUAAGUGGGUCAAUACCAGCCUGGAUAAAAAACUUAAAUUCACUUUUUCAUCUGGACCUCUCACGUAAUAACCUUACAGGGGAGUUACCAACAGCCUUGACAGAGAUGCCAAUGCUAAGAACAGAAACUACUAAAGCCCAUAUGGAUUCGAGCGCAUUUAAGUUUGAGCUUCCUCUUUAUUUAGCGCAUUCAUUCCAAUACCGGAUAGCCAGUACUUUCAAAAAAACACUGGAUCUUGGUUGCAAUAACUUAACUGGUGUCAUACCGCAGGAGAUUCAGUUGAAAUCGCUUCAGAAGCUCAAUUUCAGCUUCAACGGCUUGUCAGGAGAGAUUCCACAGCAGCUCAGCAAGCUUACAAAUCUGCAAGUGCUAGACUUGUCUAGCAACCAUUUAACAGGUGCAAUCCCAUCAGCACUGAGCAACUUGCACUUCCUCUCUGAAUUCAAUGUUUCUCAUAAUGACCUGGAAGGGCCUAUUCCGAGUGGAGGCCAGCUUAGUACAUUUCCAAGUUCUAGCUUUGAUGGGAACCCAAAGUUGUGCGGGAUUAUAGUUGCUAAAUUCUGUGGCUCAGUUGAAGCACCUACAGUCUCUGUUCCGUCCACAGAAAAAAUGAACAAAAGGAUCGCCUUUGUGAUUGCUUUUGGGCCUUUCUUUGGUGUAGGGGUGCUAUAUGAUCAAAUAGUUUUGUCAAGGUAUUUUGGUUAG